AUGACUUCUAUAAUAAUCUGUGGAAACUAUUGGAUAAACAGCGGGGCAGCAUGGAUUUACAUAAACGAAAAAAGCCGCUGGGAUUAUAUUGGAGAAAACGCCAACACUAAUAAUUUUAACCGAGUUAUUUAUGAGGCCUUAGAAAAAAUUGAAAGUUCUGGUUCAGAUUACCAAGAUUUAACCCACAAAGAUACUUUUAUGAAUAAAAAUCUUGACUUUCAAAAAUUAUCUACUAUUUUUCAUGAUUUUGAUAAUGCUUUUGUCAAGAAGGAGGGAAAUUUACAAUUAGAUUAUUUAGGCAAUACUUACCAAUUUUUUCUCCAGCAAUUUGCGGCUAGUAGUGGUCGGACUGGUGGCGAAUUUUAUACUCCCGCUUGCGUGGUUCAAUUAUUAGUAAAUAUUCUCCAACCCUUUCCGCGAAAAGAUUGUGAAAUAGUAAUUUAUGACCCUUGCUGUGGUAGUGGUGGAAUGUUCGUCCAAAGACCACGAGCCGAGGACACUUUUAAAGAAGACUUACACCAAAAUAAAAAAGCCGAUUAUAUUAUUACUAAUCCACCUUUCAAUAUUGCUAACGACCAAAUAAAAGAAAAUGACCCUCAAAAGGGAGUAGCAGCCAUAAUUAUGGCUAAUGGCACCCUAUCUGGAUUAGCCAAGAAAGCAGCGGCUAUCCGGCAAAAGUUGGUUGAAGAUAAUUUAGUGGAAGCAAUAAUUACCUUGCCAAAUAAUUUAUUCUAUACUACUGGAAUUGCUCCUAGCAGUCGAAGAAUACUAACCGACAAGAAUAUUCAGGAUGUUGCAGAAGUUUAUCAUAAAUUUCAGGAAAGUCGAGAACUUCCUGAAAAUGGACUGCUGGCGGAAGUUGUUUCCCCAGAAGAAAUUAAAGAAAGCAAUUAUAUUUUGGUUCCGGCUCGAUAUUUGUCCCAAAAUGAAAUUGAAUUAACUCCUCAGCAAAUAGAUGAAAAAUUGUUAAAACUCACUACCGAAUUAGAAAAUCUAAUCACCCCUAAACUACUCAGCAAAAUACUAGUUAGAAAUAUUAAUGGCCAAAUUAUCAAAGUUAAAAUUGUCGAAACUGAAGCCUAUAUCGGCAAAAUUGACCGAGCCUGCCAUGCUCAUCAGGAAAAUAGGUCAAGAUGGAAAUCUGCCGCCUUAAAUAAUCAGGGCGGUUGUGCCUAUAUUUAUCUUAUUUAUAGUAUGUAUUACUGUUUUAAUAUUGCCUCUUCUCUGGAAGGAGACCCACAAGGAGUAUUAAUUCGAGCAGCUGAACCACUUGAUCACCAUACAAUUCUAGUUAGUUCCCAACUUAACGAGAAAAAAAAAUAUCACUAUUAUACUAAUGGUCCGGGAAAAUUAUGCCGAGCACUAAAUAUUGAUAUAAGCCUUAAUCAUGUUGAUUUAACUACUAGCAAUCUAAUUUAUUUAGAAGAUGCACCCGAAAUCGACAAAGACCAAAUUAUUAUCACCAAGAGAGUAAACAUUGAUUAUGCCGGAGAUGACAAAGACCGCUUAUGA